GAUAAAAACUGAAAUUCUCUGUCAGAAUUAUAUAUAGAAUAUAGAAUACGUGAAUACCGCACGGUUGUAACAACCACCUUUUUCACCUCCCAAUUCUACCAAAACACCAUUUCCUCCCUUUCAAACCACCACCACCACCGCCGUAUUCCUCCGCCCCUCCCCGGCCAUUUUUUUUUUCUUUCUGACUUCCAUCUUUUCUCUUAUGUAAUCCACAUUCUUUUUUUUGACAUCCAAAAUGUCCGUCAUCGUUCAACUUGAGCAACUAAAUCAAUUAAAACAAAUAUUCUCAAGAUUCGACAUGGACGCCGACGGCAGCCUGACCCACCUGGAGCUCGCCGCCCUGCUCCGCUCCCUGGGGAUCAGACCCUCCGGCGACCAAGUCUACGUCAUGCUAAACAACAUGGACGCCAACGGCAACGGCUUCAUCGAGUUCGACGAACUCGUCAACGCCAUCAUGCCCGACAUCACCGAGCAGAUCCUCGGCAACCAAGAAAAGCUUUUGGAAAUCUUCAACUGCUUCGACCGGGACGGCAACGGCUACAUCACGUUGCCGGAGCUCGCCGGUUCCAUGGCCAAAAUGGGUCAGGCCUUAACGUACAAAGAGCUGAAGGAGAUGCACGAGGAGGCCGAUACCGACGGCGACGGCGUAAUUAGCUUCACCGAAUUCACGGCUAUAAUGGCCAAGUCCGCCUCCGAGUUUCUAGGCCUCCCUCUCCCGCCGCGCAGAAAUACAGAAACCGACGACGCCAAUGCCGCCGGCCAUUGAUCAUAUUUGCAGAG